AUUUGAUAAGAAUUUAUAGAAAUGCAAAAGCAUCAAAGAAGUUUCAGUUAUGGAAAUAGAGAACUUAGCUACAAAAAUAUCAAUCAAGAACUAAACAACUCAGUAGAAGGAAUCCGGGUUACAAAGAAAAAAUAAAAUUUUAGCAACAAACCUUUACCAAACUUAUUCUAGCAUUGAGAUUAUUUCUCCUUACCAAAAUAACCCAAAACAGGACUCUAAAAAUAAUCUAAAUUAUUCGUUCUUUCCCUCCUCCAAAUCCAUAAAACAGAAGGGAAAAACAAAAUGAAGACUUUCAAAAAUUCCAAGAAAAACAAAAGUCUGAAAGCGUCAAGUAGAUCUCCCUUCAAAAAGCAUCCUAGGAUCUUCACCAGAGUCGCACAUGGUUUCGGUUCAUCCUAAGUUGUGCUCUCAAGGCAACUUGAGUUUGAAAGCAAAGCUUCGAAUAAAGAAUUAUGCACUGAAGAAACUCAAAGUAUGUCUGGUUAUGUAAAGAGGGACAAGUUCACUGCAAUAUUAAAGAGGACUAUAUUUUUAGAAUCUUAGCUAAAAUGUCAAGAGAAAAUACCUUUGUAAAACUUUUUCCAUUAUUGUCCAUCUAAUAUUUUCUAUAACUCAAAAAUUACUAAAGACUCUAAAGAAUAAGAUCUACAGAGUUCAAAAGAAAUCAAGGACGUUCUAUUGCUCCAAAUAAGGAAGUCACAGUGUCAAGGAAAGACGAUAAUGAGAACAGGCGUAAUCUUAAACACCUCACCAAUAAAUUCAACUUCCUUGCACAAGCCAGUAGUGGCUACUUAGAGGCAUCUCAGGAGUCAAUCUUUGACGAUUGCCACAACAAAACCAUCAAUGGGCAUUCUUCAAGCUUGGCUGAGCUUCAGCCAAGCUUGAAGAUCCACAAGAGAGGUUUUCACCGGACAAGACUCAAACGUCCAUGCCUAAGUAUCCUAGAUAAUGCUACACUUGAAAGGAUCUAUAAGCAUAAGCAGAGGCUGGCCAGAGCAAAAUCUGCCAAUCUUGCUAACACUUCACAAAGGACUUAGAAGCCGAGGGUCAGGAGUUUGUGUAUUUUAAUCAAUAAAC